AUGAAAACUACAAACAAAUAAAAUAGCGCUUUCUAAAAUAAGACUAUUUCAUCUAGCACAAAAGGAGGAGUGACUGAAAAAUAGCGAGCAUUGAAAUAUAAAAAAUAAACAACAAUCAAAGAGGAACCUACUCACAUCUAAACGAAGGAAAGCGAUGCAGGCAUUCAUUUAACACAAAUUUUGAACUACUAUCGAGAGAGAGUGGAAGCCUUUGAAAAGGAUAGAAUUCAAUGGUAUCAAAAGCUAGAGAAUAUCAGAAUAAAGCAGGAAUUCGUUCACAAAGUUGAAUGGGAACUCAAAAAGAGGCAAGAUGAAAAGGCAGAGCUUGAACGAGCACUCUAAUAGUGCUAGUCUGCUUUGUUUACUGAGAGGGAAAGAAUUGUCAAGAUGAAGCAAGCUGCUGACUAAUUAAGGAUAAAAGGCAAGGAAAACAGGCAAUUGAUAAUGGAACUCCUUGACUCAAACAACUCAGUCGAGCAACAUAUUUACUAUCAAAACAAUGGUGCUCCUGAAAAGAUACAAUCUUACUCCAAAAAGUUACUGUCAACAAAGGGAGGUGCCCCUAUGCAAACAAUGACUGCCUCCUAGAUGAAUUAAAAUUUAAGGCAGACUAUUGAGGAACAUAAAAAGAAUCCAACUAUAAGUUAUGACUAUAAGUCCCCAAAUAUUCUCAGGACUAUUUACUUACCAAAUGACUAAGCAAUUUAAAUUAGAAAUGAAGUUGAAGUUUUGCAUCAAUAAAUAUAAGAGUAAAGAGUUCAUUAUGAGAAGGUCUUGCAGACUUUGAGAGAUGAAAAGUCAAAGUAUGAAGAAGAUCAAAGAAUGAAAUACAUUGACUAUGUCGAAGAGGUUGAAAAGCUAAUGUCCAAGCUUCAAGACUAGGAGAUUUUUAACUACUAGGUGAUAAGAGAUCAUGUUGAUGUGAUGUCUCAAUACGAAGUGGAGGAGAGAAAAAUACAGGAAGAGAUUGAAGCCAUGAGAAUUGAAAAUACUCAAAUAAAAGAUUAAAUUAGAGAGAUACAUAAGUCAUCAGAGCAAAAGAAGAAAGAUGCCAAAGAUGAAUAUGAAAAGAAUGCACUAGAGUACUAGGAGGUAUUCAGAGACUAGCAGAAGGCUUAGAAAGAAAACAUCGCUGUUAUCAAGGAUCAGUAUAAGAAGGUGCAGGAGAUUUACAAGAGAAAGAUGGCUGAUAUGCAGGAGAGACUUGAAAAGGAAACCAAGAAGAUGGAGGUCAAUGAGAGAAGAAGGAAGCACGAAUUAGAAGGUUAUGGAUCAGACCUUCAGAAUAUGAAAAAGAAAAUCGCAUUCUAUCAGAAAUAUAUCAAUAAACUCAGGAAGCUGGUUGAAGAAGACUAAGAAGCUGAAGAUAUUCAGUUUUCAGAUGAGGAACAAGAAGAUGCUGAAGAUCAACGAGAAAUGGCAGAGGAAACUAAAGAUUAGAUUUAUUGA